AUGCUUAUUGAAGAAAAAAAAGAAACAAAUACAUAUAUUUCAAAGUAUAAAGAAAUCCAAAAAUACUUAAAAGAAAGUUUAGAUCAUAGAAAUGAUAUAAAUAAAUAUUGGAAAGAAAAUAGUAUUAAAUAUCCAACAUUAUAUUCAAUUGUAAGAAAUGUACUUUCAGUUGCUUCUUCGUCCGUUGAAAUUGAAAGAACAUUUUCGGGUGCUAAAUUGUUGGUUACAGACAACAGAUCAAAUUUGGGUUGGGAAAGAAUAGAACAAUGUGUGUUAUUAAGGGAAUGGGCAAACAUUUCAAGA